AUGACAACGGAUGCGUCACCGGUGAACCCCUACUUGCUGUUUAGUCGUGCGGACGAGUUCAGCACGGAUGCCAAGAUUGACUAUGCACUCCGUUACUAUCACCUCUAUGACUCAAAGGGGAACGGUACCUCAUCCUUGCUCACAUCGCUGAACGCCGAGCUCGAUCGCCGUGUGCUCAUUCGAACGCUGGAGGAGCUCAAGCGCGGUCUUUCCUUGGGUGACCGACUGCUUCCUGUCACGCCUAGCACCUGCACGACGGCUAACACGAACGUGAGCGCCUUCUCGUCGUUGGAGGGCGGCAGGUCGCCGUCAUUUGACGGCCCCAAUGACGGUGAGGUGUCGAAUGCGUUACUCGACGGCACUGACGACCUCGAUGCGAAGCCAUGGGACACCGCUGCGAGCAGCCAGGCGAACUAUUGGAAUUGGGAGACAGAGGUGCUGUACCAGUCCUACCACGUCUGGAUCGCACUCGACUACGGGCGAGGCGCCUUUAGCGUCAUGCGCAACGGCGUCGUACUGGUUGACCGAAUGCCGACCAUCGUCGCAUCGCUCCUGCAGGUCGUUGAGACGACGCUGCACGCCCGCGAGCAGGACCAGCAGCUGCUGCGCAACUUCGUCGAAGCCGCCAUCGUCGACGAGCAGACUCGGUCACGCGUGAUGCAGCAGGUGUGGAAUCCUACAGUUUUUGUAAGCGUCGUGCUGCUGAACGUGCCGCAGGAGGUGGAAAAGGCCGUCCCCUUCAGCCCGCCUGCCUCGUCCGACAGGGAGGUGGCCCGAGAUGACGUGCACCGCCAUCGACAGCGACAACAGCCGGCCAUCAUCAUGUGCCCUCCCGAGCUCCCCCGCUUCACUGCGCUGGGGGCUGACUGCGGCGCGCGCUCUCGCUGCUCGGCCGUGCCGGUGCUCUUUCACUGCGAUGCUCGGACGCUGCUCAACGACAGCGGUUUUAUGGACCGCCUGCGCGACCUUCUUUGCCGCUACGAAAACGUCUACCGGGCGCACAGCACGCCGCAGGAAUGGCCGCAGUCUUCACUGAGUGCAUCACUGGAGUACUUGGCGUGUGCGAUGCCGGAAAAAACGCCAGAGUGCAACACACUUGUCUUAGUCAGCGAUGGAGGCGCCAUGGCCUCGUCUGACACAUUCACCUUCUUGGAGAACACGGUGCGACGCAAGAACCUCAUCGUGUCCAUUGUGGCGCUGAAUCGUAUGCUCGUGCUUGACUCCCCUGAGCUCACCCCGUUGACCCGGCUCCUAUCGUCUGUCGGAGGUUUUGCCGUGCACGUGGACUACUGGUUGGCGCUGGCGGCACACCGGCUGAACCACGAGUGGUGCCGCAAGUUUGAAGGGGCGCGGUGCGUGGCGCAGCAGAUCUUCGUACACCUCAUCAAGGGGUUUCCAGUGACCAUUCCAGGCGCUACGCAGCGCGACUUGUUUGCGGACACGAUGUGUGAGCCAGUGGUGCUAUACGAUGGCGACCACGGCCUGCCUGACUUUCUCAUUGGCGCCUCCACGAAGGAGGUGCUACGUGCGACAGCGGCACUGCGUUUCAACCAGGGGUGGAGCGUUCUGAUCGACUAUCAGGAUGCGUCUGCCACUUCGCACAUGGCAGCCCGCUACGUCCACGACUUCCGCCGCGGCACCAUCACGCUGCACUACGAGAUGAACAUCAACCGACCGGCGGUGUAUCGACGUCUGCUGGUGUCGGGGACAAAGGCGCUGGUGGACCACUUCUGCAAAACGCGGUGGGAUGAUGAGGCGACAAACACCGUUGGCGAGGGCACGUGCCGCUGGCUUGCGUAUCUCUCGCUGCUGCGGGCGCAGGUGAUGAUGUGGAUGAAGGCAGAGCAGGCUCUUCUGCAGCUAGUCAACGCGGACCCGCGCCAGAGGCCGAUAAGCGCCAUCCCUGAUCUCGCAUGUCUCUCCUCUGCGGAGGGUGUGCUGGCGCAGUGGUUUAAUGCUGCCACGGUGUCGUCUCUCGGUGUCUUUUUCAGGUUUGCGCAGCUGCCGCCCAGUGUGUUGAUGCGAUACACAUGCGCUCAAGUCACGAAUGGGGCGCAGACAGAGGCCGCCUCGCGCGCCUGCGUACGCGCGGCGAUGGAGCGGCGCCACCGACUUGUCGGCUGCGAGGAAGACCUCACCUAUCUGCACACAGAGAGAAUGACGACGUCUUUCUCUGGAGCCGUGAACGCCACCCGAGACGUCUUUUCAGUGGUUCAGUUUUUCCCACAGUACGAAACAAGCUCCAGCAGCGGCUUCGGCCUAGCCGGCGCCUUCGAGUGCCGAGUGAGCUGCGUGUUGUGCGAUAGUGCCACCCAGGACGCACUCGUUUGCGCGCUGCUGAACGACAUCGAGGAGGCGGUGCGAGAACGCAACAGGGCAACGACACGCAAAGACUGGCAUCUGCUGGUGCGCGUGUCAAAUCAAGCAGAAAACAAGCAAGCGCUGCAGCUGGUGAAAGCGAGCCUCAGCACGCGGCGCGGGCAACUGUCGACGAGCUACACGGAAGGGACGCUAAUCCCCGGCGUGGACAUUAGCUCCGCUGUCGUCAGAGCCUCAAGGCUUCCUGUCGCACCGGAGAAGGCAGCGCACGCGUCAGGCGCGAUGCAGUUCUUCCGAGAUCCACUAUCGUCCUUCCCGUGGCCACUCCUGAAUGCACUGUGCUUCCGCUGGGUCCUUGGCUGCAGCGAGUUUUACCCCUUUCUGGUUGAGGAGAUCUUCAGCCACAUCGUUGCGCGCCGCAUGCACGCCGGAUUUGCGCUCAUUGUCUACUACACGUCAUCGCUCAAGGCAGUGCUUGCGAGGCGCGUUGGCAACCCUGAGACACACUCUGACGUGUGCUUGUUUGACGUGUUGGAGGCGCUUCCCUCGUCGGCGCCGGCACCGGCAGCGCAGAUUUCCGUGCAGCGUCUCAUCACACCGUUCAAGCGAGCGCGGGCGUCGCUGUGGAUGUACAUGCGCGACAUUCAAGAAGACCUCCACAUUGCAACUGCUGUCUUCACAUGCAAGGUCAUUGCCACGCAGCAGCACAGGAAUCGAUGCCUGCUUGCUCGGCAAAUGCGUGAACUCGGCUUCAGUCCUGUUGUGGCACGGGUCGAGUCGAUCUUAUUCUCGUUGCAGGUGCGAUACACAGAGUACGUGGAGUUGCGCUCGCCGCCCUCGCUCGGCGUCAAGGGGUGUGUGCAGCUCCGCGAUCGGCUGCUGAACAUUGUGAGCUGCGUCGGGGAUCGCAGCACCGUCGUGAAAGCCCGCCUGCUGCAGACUGACUACGUGCAGCGGCUCUCUAGCGGAGCCGAUGUUGUGGACCCUGACACGGACGUGUAUAUCUCCGUCUUGAGCCCCAUGCGCUACGAGACGAUACUUUGUGUCUUGGUGCUGGAAAGAGAUACGGAGGCCGGGACGGGGCGGCACGUCGUCAAGGUGGCGUUGGCUGCCCUCGAUGGUCAACUGCUCGAGUACGCUAUCGCACAGAAAUAUCAUCACUGUCGUCCAAGCCAGCCGGCCCGAGACACAGCAACUGCGGUGGGCAACGAGGAGCCUGCAGAAACAUCGCCGUCUCACGUGGCAAUGCCUGAGUGCAUUGCCGACCGCGCCGUUGUUCUAUCGCUGCGCCACCUGCUCGUGGCAUUUACGUCUGUGUACUGCGCCCGCGAACUCAUAUCAUUCAUUCAGCGCGCGUCACCGGAGACGGCGGCAUCUGCCAUCGCGGAACUGACGAACACCUACGCUCACCUCGGCAACUACGCGGUGGAAAUGGACGUCACGCACCUGUUGCACAUCGUCCAGCGGCGCUGCUGCGAGGCGCCCGGUGGGGUGCCGUGGAGGGAAAAAGUGGAGGAGGUGCUAACAGACGUCCUGGCAUCGCAGCAGCACAGUUUUUCGGUGCACCCCACUCUGUGGCUACCAAAGUUGGGAUCUGAUCAGGCGCUGCAGCCCAACGAGACAUCCUGCAUCGGCUGUUCAUCCCCGGAUGAAGAGGCAGAUGGCGAGGAGGGCCGUGUCUACGAUGACGAAGGCGAGAGUGUGAGCGGCAUGCGGGGGAACGCGACAAGUGAGGACGACGCAGAGGAGAAGAGUGCGCAUCUAGAUCUACUCCCGAUUGCGGUGAAGGCGUGCAUGCUUCUUCUGCCCUCGGCCAGCGGCGUCUGCGCCGAAGAAAACACGGAAUGCCGGUGGCUCUCUUUGGCCGUCGACAAGUGCGACGAGCGGUGGCAAAACACAUUACGUGACCGGCCUAAGUCGACAAUCUCGUCGGUAUCGUUAAAGGACCCUCCUGUGCCGGCUUCCGCCUCGCCGUUGGAGGCCGUUGACGUGACAACCGGACGCCUGGCGCUUCGCCUGUUUGUGAAAACGGCUCCGGCAGACGUACUGCUCCUGUGCGAGGAGGAGUCCUUCUGCCCGCCACCGAAGGUCGUGCGGCGCACGCUGGGUCUUCUCUAUUACCACUUCGCAUCAGAGGAGGCCCCUGUUGCGGUGGGCGGAUCCUCCGCAUUGCUUGCUUUGACCUUCGCAGCCGCGCCGAGUUACCAAGCUACGGCGGACGAGGCGGCGUUGGCGGCCGUGGAUGAGCUUUUUGCUGAGCCGAUGGCCGUUGUGUGGAAUCGGCAGCGCUGCCAUGAUGCAUUCUACAGCUGCACUGGCCGCAGCUCGCCGCCGGCUCGAGUGAAGCAGGCGAUGCAGCGAAUAACAGAGAGACUCAAGUGGCGUAUCGCCGUGUACUGUCUGCAGAACGCGUGCUACCUUGCCCCCUUUCGGCAGCUCAGAGCACGCGUCGAAGCGGAACCGGCGGCCUUAACGGCUGUUGCAGGCACCACCAUGGACGGUGCUGCCGCAGUCGCCACAGCGGAGCGACGUGAUGACAGAGCUCUAGAGACGCGGUCGCGCGACGCCGUGCUGUCCCACAGCGAAAGGAUGAAAGCGACCGAGCUGAUGAGGAACGCGGAGUUGCAGGCACUUCUCUGCGAUGUUGUUACCCCAGCCCUUCUGAGCUCCCAGUGUUUCGUCCGUGACACGUUCUCAGUCGAGUUCACCGAGCAGGAGACGAAUGUCAGUCGCGUAGUUCCCGAGGAGGCUAUCAAGGAUGUGUUCCGCCACUGUGUGGAGGAGGACUGGAUGUGGGUCCUACCCACGCUCCCCCUCUCCUAUGUGGUAGUGCCUAACCGUGAACACUUUGGCGAGCGGUGGGUGGUCGUGUGCAUCACGACAAAGCCGCCCCAUCCCAUCGGUAACGCUCGCAUCCUUAUAUACGAUGCUCAAAGCACGGCCGCUGCGCUGGAGACAAUGCGCAACUACAGCAGUCACCUCCGUACUCACGUGUGUGGUAAGAUCAAGCAGGUGAGCCAGCUGCAUCUCCUGAAGCAGCUGCGCGAGUCCUUCAACGCCAGCGCUCAGCUCAUUCCCCCAGGGUGGGGAGACCAGUUCAGCAAGAACAGCGGCGCGUCAGACUGCAGCGACUCCGCGCUCCAUGGAAACCCACUAACCUGCUCGCAGGAUGCGUAUGCGACCGGGUCUCCCUUCUACUUGCGCGGUCGCAAUGUGCUGGAAAUCCCAAUAUACUACAAGUUGCAGCAUCAAUGCAAGAAGAUCCUGCACCGCAUCCAGUGCCACUGCUCGCGACUGGAGCUCGUCGCCAUCUUCAACAGAGACCAGUGCUUCCUCGUUGCUGACGAUGUUGAGGGGGACACGUUCCACUACCUUCGCUUAGUGUUUGUCAAGGACACAGCACACACUGUGCCGGUGACCUCCCGCCCGCCACCGCUGACGUCCUCGGAUCGCUGCCCGCAGCUCGUAGUGCAGCUCUUCAGCGCCACACCCAACGCGAGUGUGCAGCGACCGCUGCAGCGGCUACAAGACUUCUGCUACCUUCUGGCGGUGCAGGAGCUCCAGGGCCACCUCAACUACGUGCAGCACAAGAUGAUAUCCUUCAACGAUCUUGUUUUCUUACAAAACCAGCGACUGGAGCCAAUUGUGGUAAACCUGCACACCAUCUUCGAUAGCGCCCUCUCUGACUCCGGCAACGACGCUCCCCACGAGUCGUCGCACGACGUCACUGCAUUUCAGGAGAGACAACGAGAGGUGGCAGUGACACUGCUGUUUCUGAACCUUCGCGAGUACAAGUUUAAGCCUUUCGGCAUUCAAGACGAACCCAUGCAUGCCACGAGCAACUUUGUGGAGCACUACAAUCUCGAAAAGAGCCUCACCCUCGAUCCAGCAGAGGAUUCGACACCAAGCCAAGGCGGCUGCAACCGAGCACUUCGGGCGUGGCGCUUUGUGAAGAUUGUGGACGGUGUGACAGACGUGCUUGUCUCGUGCUGUCUCCACGUGCAUCCCGACAACCCGCACAUAAUUGUGCUCGACCGCUAUCUGACUCGCAUCCCAGUGGAACGCUACAUCAACGGUGACUCGGAGAACACGGUUCUGGCCCACCUGGGCCACAGCGUCGAGAGAACCAUGGCGCAGCUGCGGUUUCUCGGAUUGACCUCGCCAGAUCAGUCAUCCUUUCCGCUCUUGCGCUCCUCGAUUCCCACGACGGUGGGUGAACUACUGCAUAUCAGCCAGGAAACGCCCUCAAAUGACUCGUCGCUCCUGCGCCAUCGCCAUUUCUCGCUGGAAAACGUGAGCCCAGCAUUGCUGCCAAUGCUGAUGGAGCGCAUAUGCGGGUCCCUCUCGCGCUACGGUCCGACGUGUUUCACGUACACCGCCGAGCGCUCCACGAAGGGCGUCGUGCAUGUGCCGAGCUUCUCGUGGAAGUGGAUGGAGGGCAUCCAGAACGACGUGAUGGCGGACUCGAUGCAGAUGUAUGUGACCUGCGGCUACGACGUUAUGGAUUCGCUCGCGGAGACAGCGCCAUUGGCGCCGACCCGUGUCGUACCGUACGUCGUGCCAGGCGUCCCCAUCACCUCCGUGACGACCGGGGAAUCGCAGAUGUCGAUUUUGGGCGAGUACCAACUGUGCGAGCGCGGCUGCCCGCUGCUGGAGUACCGCAUUGUGCUCUCCGUUUCAUUGAUGGAGGGCCUCUCGCUUGCGCUCUUCAACCUGCGUGACACAGAGUACGUUGUGCGCCUGCUAGGCUACGUGGUGCUGGCGAUGGAAGAGAAGUCGGCGCUGUUAAAGGAUGUGCUGCUCCAGCGCAUGGGCUACACCAUUCCGUCAUUCUUCAAGGAGGCGGAUUUGGCGUGCAACUGCUGCGGCGACGACACAAACGUCAUCCGCACCAAGGCAUUGUCGAUCAGCUGCGCUGCAUACCGGCGCCGCGUCAACAACGUCCGCUUCCGUUCGAGACCCGACGCGGAGUGGGAUGAGCCGCUCGUGGUGAUACUGGAAGGACUGUACAAUCGGGGCCUUAUUGUAAACUACGUGUUUUCUGUCGAGGACGCCGUCAAGGUGUUGUUCGACGAGUGCCCGCAGCACUCGUUGCAGGAGUGUGUGCGCAUUGUCGAUGCGCUGCUUGAGGCACAUGUGCUGUGCGACUCCCCGAAAAGCGCAUUGGAGCCGCAGGUGCCCAUCUUCGCAUCCCUGCUUCAAGCCGAGCAUCUCAGGUCAGACGUGCGCAACUGCCGUCUGAGCGAGGUGAGCGGCGUGCCAGCAGACGCGCUUGUUGCGUGCGGUUAUCAUCGCCACAUCCUGGCUUCACACAUUAUUGUGGAGGCAUCUCCUUCCGCCAUUGAUCGUACGCUUGGGGAGGUGCGCCUGUGGACAAAGUACAACCGAUAG